CAUUCUAGAUUCUAUUCCUGGACAAAGAUGGCAGCAAUACGAAAAAAAUUGGUCAUUGUGGGUGAUGGUGCCUGUGGAAAGACCUGUUUGUUAAUUGUGUUCAGCAAAGAUCAGUUCCCAGAAGUCUAUGUUCCAACUGUGUUUGAGAAUUAUGUAGCUGACAUUGAAGUAGAUGGAAAACAGGUUGAGCUGGCAUUAUGGGAUACAGCAGGACAAGAAGAUUAUGAUCGACUUCGCCCAUUGAGCUACCCUGAUACUGACGUGAUCCUGAUGUGCUUCUCAGUUGAUUCUCCUGAUUCAUUGGAGAACAUCCCUGAGAAAUGGACCCCUGAGGUCAAGCACUUCUGCCCCAAUGUGCCCAUCAUCCUCGUUGGGAAUAAAAAAGUGAAGAAAAGGAAGAAGGGAAAGUGUCGCUUCUUGUAAUUUUUGUCAUGUGCAAGUCAUUAUUUGCAUUGCUUCUUCAGUUUUAAUGGUUAUUAUUUGACAGUUUUGUUUUUGUUCUCUCUGCAUAUCUCCUCUCCCCUUGUCAGAAUGCGAGGUACCCUAUUUCCAGAACAGGUGGAUCAUGUAUCAAUCUUUCCUAUCCAAAUCAGAAUGUAGUGCUGCCAAAGUUCAGCGGGACCCUCAAUUUUGGAUGUGUGUAUAAUCGAAACAUUAUUAAAUCCUGGAAUGGAUGCUGUCUCAGUGGACUGGCUCCUGGCUUGGACAAUUCCUUUUCAUAGCUUUGUUUUUUUUUUUUUUUGAGCGAGAGGAGCAUAUAGAGAGGAGAAGCAUCAAGUGUGAGGAUUUCUCUUCUUCCAAUGCAUUGCCUAUUGUAUGCCUAUGGAGAUUUUUCACAUCCUUUCAUGGUUGAAAUCGUGGCUGUAAUUGAACGAAUAUUUUGUUUCUUUUGUAAUAAACAAAUGUACAGAAAAC